AUGCGUUUCAAUAUCCUGGUGGGCUUCGGCCUUCUGGCAGCCGAGCCUGCCCUUGCAGUCCCCUGCCCACCGAGAAGCACCACAAGUAUCUUCGUCGCUUCGCUGACUAUUACUGAGACGCUGAAUAUCACAAGUGUCUUCAUCGCCCCGACUACUACCACUGACACUGUCACUGCUGCGGUGACGAACUCUACAACAUUGACGGACACUGUGCUUGAGACCAACAUUGUUAACUUAACGGCCAUGGUAACCUCUACAGAGGUGGAUCUUGUUGUUGUGACCAAUACCGCAACUGUCAACGCCACAGAGACUCAGUUUGCUACUGUCAACUCAAUCGAGGUCCAGACUGUGACCGAUCUGACCACUGCCACCACAACUGCAACUGUCAACUCUACGGAGACAGACGAGGUUACCAGCACUCAGACUGCAACUGCUAACAAUACAGUUCUGUUCACAACCACUCAGGUUGAUGUCCAGAGUAACACCGAGACUGCUACAGUCAACUCUACGGUGUUAUUCACGUCCACAGAGAUUGACUUCACCACAUCAACCGACGCGACUACAGCUACAACUGUCGUCUUCGUCAGAAACUCAACUACCAUCACUCAGACUUCCACUGUCAAUGCGACAGAGACAGCCUUUGAGACUCAGACUGCUUUUACCACUGCUACUGUGAACACUACUGCCACAGCGUUUGCAACGGCAACGGUCAACGCUACAGCCACUACAUUUGAAACCGACACAGCUUUCACUACCGCAACAGUCAAUACUACCGCAACAGUGAAUACCACAGCUACAGCUUUCCAAACUGACACGGCUUUCGUGACCUCGACUGUCAACACUACUGCCACAGUCAACACCACGGCCACAGCUUUGCAGACUGACACCGUCUUCACUACUUCAACUGUCAACGCUACCGACACAAGUACGUCCACAGUGACAACAACACAGACCGUCUUUGUGACAGCUACUGCAUCUCCCACCGAUGUCACAUCCACAGAGACCAGCACUGAGGUUCAGACUGUCGAUGCCACUUCUGUAGUGACAGAUACUGUCGACUCAACUUCUACAGUAGUUGUUACUGCCACUGUAACAUCCACUGUUGCUACUCCGUCUGCAAGCCCUAGCGCUGGUCCUGCGUCUCCUUUCGCCGCUUCACCAGCCUCUAGCUCCUCAGACACAGCCUCUGCUGCUGGAACCGCAGCUACAACAACUACAGUAGUAGCACCUGUGGGCACUACGAGUGCUUCUAGUGCUCCUGUUGCUUCAGACCCUACGUCUUCACCAGCAGUGGCCUCUUCUGAUCCUACUUCUGCUGCCACUGGAGCUGCUACCACUACAACGGCGGUCGAUGGCGCUCCCGUCGAUGACACCCCUACGCCUUCAGCGGCUGGUCCUACGGACACUGGCACUGCUACUGAGGAACCCACUGCCUCAGCCAUUUAG